AUGACUGAUCAAUUCGGUGUUAUCUAUGGUGCUGCAUUAAUUGUCGGUGGUUUACUCGGAUAUUUCCGUGGUGGUAGUAUUAUUUCACUUUUACUUGGUGUUGUUUUGGGUGCCUGGUCAGUUUACAAUGCAAGUCAUCCUAGUCGACAAAAUAAUGUUGCUAAUUUAGCUAUUGCAGCAGUUCUUGGUGUCGUUAUGUUAUUACGAUUUUUAAUUGGUGGAAAAGUAUUUCCAGCACUUGUCAUUGUAGCUUUAUCAGCUGGACAAAUUUAUCGCAAUUUUGCAUAUUUAAAAUAA